AUGGCGUCCAGGUGGAGGCGCACGGAUUUUGUGACGCUUCGGAGCGCGGAUACGGUGCAGCCGUGUAUCUGCGAAGCGUCAGAAAGGGCCAUAUCUCUGUCACCCUUCUCGUUACUGCUCGCCCAACUCGUAGAUUUCGUCCGAUCCAGUAUGGCCUCUGAGUUGACUAUCACGAGAGUAUUCGCCUGGAGUGACUCCAAAAUUGCGUUGUCUUGGAUAAAGUCCUCCCCCCAGAGAUGGAAAACUUUUGUGGCCAAUCGCGUGUCCCUCAUUCAGGACAUCAUUUCCCCCCGUUCCUGGCAUCACGUCGCCGGUUCAUCCAACCCUGCUGACUGCGCAUCCCGAGGGCUUUUCGCCGAGCAAAUAUUAAUUCACUCCUCUUGGUUCUGUGGUCCCCCUUGGUUGCGUCUUCCGGUGGAAGAGUGGCCCACCUUCGACUUCACCCCCGGAGACGAUGUGGAACUGGAACGUAAACCAGUGUUGACAUGUGUGUCCACCCCUUUAGUUGACUCGCUCGGAGAACUGUUAACCCGUUUCUCGUCGUUACGAAAAAUUGAGAGGAUCCUGGCUUAUUGUUGUAGGUUUCUAAAUAAUUGUCGUACCCCCAUUCCCAAGCGAGCGCUUGAUAAUUUGUCUUUUGCGGACACGUACCACGCCCGCACGUUGCUCACAGAAUACGUCCAACGUGAGGUGUUCGCCGGUUUGAUGAAGUGUCUUCGAAACGGUAAACUGUGCCCCAAACCUUUACGCUCCCUAGCGCUCUUUAUCGACGAGCACGGUCUCAUUCGAGUCGGUGGCAGACUCCGAGGUUCUGCGUUGUCUUUCGACGCAAAACAUCCUCUUCUACUACCUCGAAACCAUCGCUUUACCGAACUCGUGAUCGAAAAGUUCCAUAAGGAAAAUUGCCACCCGGGCCCCCAAUCGUUGUUGUACCAGAUUUCACAACAAUUCUGGAUUUUGUCCGCCCGCAGAGCAAUUCGUCACACCCUAUCGCAGUGUUACCGAUGCUUCCGUGUCCAACCUUCUUGUGUACAGCCAUUCAUGGCUGAUUUACCCCCCGUUCGUGUAUCGCAAGUCAAGCCAUUCGCGCAUACCGGUGUCGACUUCGCCGGUCCAAUUUCCAUUACCCUUUCGCGAAGGCGCGGCGCUAAGAUUCAGAAGGCUUACAUUUGCCUAUUGGUUUGCAUGGCUACCAAAGCCAUCCAUUUGGAAUUGGCUUCUGAACUCAGCUCAGAUGCAUUCUUGGCCGCUUUUCGGCGCUUUGUCGCUCGCCGCGGGCGUUGCACUGACAUGUAUAGUGAUCAGGUUAGAAAUUUUGUCGGUGCUAACCGGUUGUUGGUACAGUAUUGCCAGCAGUCCGCCGAACAGUGUGAGGUGCGCUGGCACUUCAACCCACCCUCCAGUCCUCACUUUGGAGGUCUUUGGGAGGCCGACGUCAAGUCGGUAAAGACCCAUUUGUUUCGUGUGAUAGGCUCUCAAAUCCUGACUUUCGAGGAAAUGUCGACAGUGUUAACUCAGGUGGAAUCCAUACUGAAUUCCCGCCCAUUAUGUAGCUGGGCAUUUUCUGACCCUGGAGCCCCUAUCUGCCCCUCCCGACGACACUUUAGCUAA